AUCAUGAAUAAAUAUCGUGAGGAGUCUGAAUCUUUCCCUGUCAAAGGACGAACUGUAUCAGCCCUCGUUCUUUUACGGAGAUUGUGACCCCGGCUCGACCCAACUACUGGAUUUUGGCGUCUGAACCCCCGGUUCGAAUUGCACUCGCCAUCCGGCGCAGAAAGAUCAGCGCGUCCUUGAGCAUGGCGCCGAGUCUUGCAGAGCUUUAUCGGGCAGCUAUGAUCCCGCAUCGGUUCGGAUAUGCCCUUUACGAGCCCGUGGCAUUUAUCAGCCUCCGCCCUGGAAUGCUAGGAUAUCUCGACGAAUACCGGCGCUGGCAUUCGAUUCUGGAUCUUGCGGAUGCCGAAGCCAUCACCGCCGCCGGGUACACGCCGAUCGGCCGCUUGCAGCGAUGCGACCCGGACCCCCGGCGCUGGGGUCCCCGUGUCUCCAGCAACACGAACGAGGCCAACGUCGAGCUUGGCGGUGCAAUCAAUGCCCAGAGUCUAGGCCUGCCUGUGGGAAUCGCAGGCGCGGUACGGUACAGCACUAAUGCCGACUUCGGCGCGGUCCUGAUGUGCGACGACGACGUUAUUUCCGAGGGCUAUGACUUCCGCAAUCCCUUUUUGGACUGGCUGAAGGAGAACUCGAAGAAGCUUCUGGCCGACUACCCUGAUUUGAAAAGGCAUGGCGUGUGCGCUACAACAUGGACAUACUCGGCUAGCGACAUUCACAUCAACGCAUGGACUAAUUCGAAUACCAACCUGACUGUCGGCUUUGUCGUAGAUGCCGAGCCCGUGGCCCGAGGCCAUUCAGAAAUGUCGUGGGUUAGGUCGCGAUCUAGCAGUGGGUGGAUGGCCUGGACUGGCCAGAAAAGGGUGGUGUUCUUCACCGGUGUGAAAAUCAAGUAUGGUACCUUCCACGUGAGGGAAAAGGCAGAGAGCAGUUGGCGCGGAGCAAAGGACGCUUUUUUGGUUACGGGGCUGGAUGGAGGCGAGUCUUGUGAAGCUAUUGCAGAGUUCUUCGGCGACGACUGGGAGGAGAUAAAGGAGGAUGAGGAGGAACAGGACGACUGAUUUUUAAGGCAAUAAUUCGUAUUUCCGCUAUUCUUUUGUUUCUUCCUCUCCUUAGGCAAGCUGAUUUUAUCAGCUAGUUCACCAUCAAUAUACUCCACUUAUCAGUA